CCACUGCUGGGCCCCUGAGCAAGGCCCUUAACCCUCAAUUGCUUAGUUAUAUAAAAAUCAGAUAAAAAUGUAAGUCGCUCUGGAUAAGGGAGUCUGCUAAAUGCUGUAAAUGUAAAUGUACUAUAUACUGCUGGACAUAUAGAGUUGGUACAGAGUCUGUAUAUGGAAAUGGAAGAGACAGUUAUGGGCAUAGCUUGAAGCCCAUAUGCCAGCGCACAUCUAAUUUACCACAAUACACUGUGAUUAUUGAAGGGAAUACCAACUCUUCUCACCUUGUGAUUGUUCUUCUUUGCCUAGCUAUAGCUGAAAAACAGAUCCAUAACACUGAGUAACCUUGGACUAUUGUUGCCUACAUGACAGGGUCUUAUUAUGUGUGUUCAGAUGACGCUCGUGAUGUUGGUUCAGAUGAGCCGAGCAGCCCAACAGUCCUGCUGGACAAGAAGACCAGGAGGCGUUUCCUCGAUCUCGGGGUGACUUUGCGUCGCACAUACGGGAAGGUCAGGAGGGAGCGAGCCAGCAGACAUGCCGCAGAAAACCAGGAUUCGGACAGAGCAGAAAGCCGUUCCUCGCGUUCCUCUGCUCCCCCGUUCAUGCCUUUCUCAUGGCUGACGGAGAGAAUAAGGGGCUCUGGUUCUCCGAAGAACUCCAGCCAAUCCCCAGCCAAGUCUCUAUCAGAGGAUGAGGAGUUGAAAAACGACAGCAGGUCCACUAGAAACGAAUCAUCGCAGCCGUAUCAAAGCCUUUCUGAUCACUCUGAUGAGGGAUGUGAUGAGCAUGCGGUACCCCGCAAUGUCAAAAAGAAGACCAUCCUUCCAUUCUCAUCAGGUGGAAGAGACAGGACAGAAAAACAGAACGGCGUCCCAAGGGAAAAGAGGGAUGACGGAAAUGAUGGAGACAGCCAAAAAUUACUGACCUCUCAAUCACAGUGCAAGCAUUUGGAUUUAUGAAUGAAUUCUUCCAAAACGAUUUAGUCUUUUUCAGCUGUAAAUAAUGUAGGAACUCUUAUUAUUGUAAC